AUGCCUUCCUCUCCCUUAAUAGGCGAGUCGUCUCCUCAUUUCUCUCUACACGCUUUUCUCUCCCUUAUUGCUCGACCUUCCCCUGUCUCUCUGUCUCUCUGCUUUCCGUACCUUCCACGCCUCCCCCUUUGCCCCUUCCUUCAGCUUUCCAAGGCAAAGACGUUAGCCUCACCAUUCCUCUCCUCCCUCCUCUCCACCAUCCCGUUCCCUUCCCUCUCGCUGCUCCUCCCUCCCUUUGCUCGUCCCUUCGCUCAUUCCUUUGCUCGCAAAUGCUGUGAGCUGCUAGAGGCGUAUGCGGCGUGUGCGGACGGAGCGGAGGUGAUAGCGGCGCAGCACAGGUGGAUGGAGAGGGAGGCUGAGCUCGCUCAGGCCAGACAUGCCGGCACAAAUGUGCCUUCCCCAGGUGAUGCACAGAUGUGUCUUCCCAAGGAGGAGGAGGAGGAGGAGGAGGAGGAUGAGGAGGAGGAUGAGGAGGAUGAAGAGGAGGUUGAGGAGGAGGUUGAGGAGGAGGAGGAUGAGGAUGAGGGUGAGGAGGAGGAGGAAGGUGAGGAGGAGGAGGAAGAUGAUGAGGAUAGAGAUUGGAGGAAGGAGGGGAAGGAUAAGGGUGGUAAGGUUGAAGGGAAAGGAUUGCAGUAG